AUGGCAGUCAAGGGUUUAGGUAAGGUAGAUAAGCAGUACGAUGGCUCUAAGCUCAGAGUGGGCAUUAUUCACGCACGCUGGAACCGUGAGAUUAUAGAUGCUUUGGUGAAGGGCGCCAUUGAUAGAAUGCUUUCGAUGGGUGUCAAAGAAGAGAAUAUUGUAGUUGAAACCGUUCCCGGCUCCUUUGAAUUACCCUGGGGUUGUAGGAGAUUUGUUGAGAUUAGUCACCAAGAAGGUCGUCCAUUCGAUGUCGUCAUUCCCAUUGGUGUUUUAAUCAAGGGAAGCACUAUGCAUUUUGAAUAUAUUGCUGACAGCACCACAAAGGCUUUGAUGUCUCUGCAGGAAAAAGUGGGCCUCCCGGUGAUUUUUGGUCUUUUAACCUGUAUGACAGAGGAGCAAGCUCUCGCAAGAGCAGGCAUUGAUGAGGGCCAUACGAUGCACAACCAUGGCGAAGAUUGGGGCGCCGCAGCUGUGGAAAUGGCCGUUAAAUUCAAUCCAGAUGCACAAAAGAGGUCAUAA